CCUGAGCCGCUCCGCCAGCCUCCAGCCUCUCGUCGUAAGCCGACCACCGGAGACAGAAAACGGUUAAUUAACCCCCGAAAUCCUCCUCGAAGCGACCGGGUCCCGGACGUGAUGAUGGGCGGGAGGACCAGUGCGUUAGCUGCGGGGGUGUGCGGGGCUCUGUUCGUCAGUUACUGCAUCUACUACGACAAGAAGCGACGGAGUGACCCCGACUUCAAGAACAGGCUGCGAGAACGGCGGAGAAAGCAGAAGGCAGUCAAAGAGAGGGCAGGCAUGGCAAAGCUCCCCGACCUGAAGGACGCUGAGGCGGUGCAGAAGUUCUUCCUGGAGGAGAUCCAGCUGGGGGAGGAGCUGCUGGCUCAGGGAGACUAUGAGAAAGGUGUUGACCACCUGACCAACGCCAUCGCCGUGUGCGGUCAGCCUCAGCAGCUGCUCCAGGUGCUGCAGCAGACUCUGCCUCCGCCCGUCUUCCAGAUGCUGCUCACCAAGCUGCCCAGCAUCAGCCAGCGUAUUGUGAGUGCACAGAGUCUGAGCGAGGACGAUAUAGAAUGAGAGGACCGGGAGGAGACGACCCACAAACCCUCCUCUUCCUCUUCUUCAUGUGCUACUUCCAUGACGACCCCGCCAACGCCUCGGCCUCCAUCACUCCGGCCGACGUCCAUCACCUCCUAAAUUGGAAUUUGUUUUUUUUUAAAUUCCUGGUUUAACCAUCACAGUAGUGUUUUUAUUUUUUUUUAACUUAAAUUACCCGUUUUGGGGUAUUAAGAGUAUCUGGAUCUUAACGGUCAGAGAAACACAAGAGCCCGUCCCAGCUUCACCAUCAUUAGGUACGCACUCAUUAAGUGGACCGGGUGUUAACACGAAUCCGCUCCUCCCUUCAGGGUGGUGUAGCACACGUCCUGACAGCAUCAUGUACCAGGUUUACACCGACUGACGUGUUCGUACCAGCCAUCCUCACGGUUCUCAUGAUAUCAGGCGUGGAAAGUUACAGAAACAGGAAUCUUCUCUCCGCUCGGAUGCUUCACAAAGUAUUUAUUGUUUUUUGGUUUUUUUUGUUAUCAGUCGUCUGUCUGGAAACACUUUUUAAAAAGUGAUGAAAUGUUUUGUUUUUGUCAUUUUAAAGAGGACGACCCUCUUUAGGAAAAAAUAAAUACAAAAU